CCCAGCCACACCCCUCGCAGGAUUUAAAGGGGCAGGAGGGGCUGGGUCGGCCGAAGCCCUAACCUCGGGAGCGGGCAUGAGGCGCUGCCCGUGCCGGGGGAGCUUGAGCGAGGCGGAGGACGGGGAGCUGCCCGAGGCGGCCCUCAUGGGACUGGAGGCACCGCGAGGGGGGCGGCGGCGGCAACCUGGGCAACAGCGACCUGGGCCCGGCGCCGGGGGCCCGGCGGGGCCGGCCGAGGGGGGCGGGCCCGGCGCCGGGACCGAGGAGCCCAGCCUCCCCUCCGAGCCGGAGGGGACCGGCCCCGGGCCUGAGCCGCGGACAGACGGACAGGCUGAGCCUGAAGCAGCUGGCCUCGGGACAGAGGCGGAGCGGCCCAGCGGGGAGACGGAGCCAGGCAGGUCCAGCCUCCCGGCACGUCCAGAGGAGAGCGGCCGCUGCCCCGAGCUGGAGGCAGCCGGGCCCUGCACGGAGGCUGAGACAGAUGGCUUUGGGACUGAUCCCCACAGGUCCGACCUCCAGGCUCAGUCAGAGACGGACAGUCUCCGGAUACAGCCCGGGCUGGACGGGCCCUGUACAGGACUAGAAAUACGUGGGUCACAGACCCAGCCAGAGGCGGGCGAGCCCUGGGCUGAUAACCUCUGGACCCACCAGAACAGGUCCAGCCUGCGGACCCAGCCCGAGGAGUCCUGUCCCUCAACAGAGCCAAGCGCCGAUGGCUCCUGGGAAGAACUGUGCACUGAUGGCUCCAGGACACAACAGGAUUUGGAAACUGCCUGGAAACAGCCUGAUGCUGAUGGUUUCACUACACAAGAUUCUGAUGGCUCCUGGACACAGCCUGAUGCUGAUGGUUUCCCAACACAAGAAGAUUCUGAUGAUUCUUGGACACAGCCUGGCGAUGAUGGUUCCCAGACACCAGAUAUUCAUGGACCCCAGACGGAGCUUGGGACAGACUGCGUUUUGGGGGAGCCUAACCAAGAUGGCCCAUUAGUGGAACCAGAACCUGGGGAGGCGGUGACUCACCUGUACUCUCAUCUGCAGAGUAGCUCCCUGACCCCUGUGCCCCGUCUCAUCAUCACUCCUGAAACCCCUGAGCCUGAGGCUCAGCCAGUGGUACCCCAUUCCAGGGUUGAUGGGGGCAGUGGCGGCUUCUCCUCUGCCUCCUCUUUCGACGAGUCUGAGGAUGACGUGGUGGCCGGGGGCGGAGGUGCCAGCGACCCCGAGGACAGGUCUGGGAACAAAUCAUGGAAGAAACUGAAGACAGUUCUGAAGUACUCACCCUUUGUGGUCUCCUUCCGCAAACACUACCCUUGGGUCCAGCUCUCUGGACAUGCCGGGAACUUCCAGGCAGGAGAGGAUGGUCGGAUUCUAAAGCGCUUCUGUCAGUGUGAGCAACGCAGUCUGGAGCAGCUAAUGAAUGACAUUCUGCGACCUUUUGUGCCAACCUACUAUGGCGUGGUGCAGCGGGAUGGCCAGGCCUUCAACCAGAUGGAAGAUCUCCUGGCAGACUUCGAGGGCCCCUCUAUCAUGGAUUGCAAGAUGGGCAGCAGGACCUACCUGGAAGAGGAGCUGGUGAAGGCACGAGAACGGCCCCGGCCCCGGAAAGACAUGUAUGAGAAGAUGGUAGCUGUGGACCCGGGGGCCCCCACCCCCGAGGAGCAUGCCCAGGGUGCGGUCACCAAGCCCCGCUACAUGCAGUGGAGAGAGACCAUGAGCUCGACUUCCACCCUGGGCUUCCGGAUCGAAGGCAUCAAGAAAGCUGAUGGAACCUGCAACACCAACUUUAAGAAGACACAGGAACUGGAGCAGGUGACAAAGGUGUUGGAGGACUUUGUGGACGGGAACCAUGAGAUCCUGAGAAAGUACGUGGCCCGGCUGGAAGGACUCCGUGACACCCUGGAGAAUUCCCCCUUCUUCAAGACUCACGAGGUGGUAGGCAGCUCCCUCCUCUUUGUGCACGACCACACCGGCCUGGCCAAGGUCUGGAUGAUCGACUUUGGCAAGACCGUGGCCCUGCCUGGCCACCAGACGCUCAGCCACCGGCUGCCCUGGGCUGAGGGCAACCGCGAGGACGGCUACCUCUGGGGCCUGGACAACAUGAUCCGUCUGCUGCACGGGCUCGCCCAUAGCUGACCCUCUUGCCCGGCGAUAGCCUUAUUUAUUAGGUGGGGCCUUUCUGGCUGGGGAAGCCCCGAGUUUGCUGGGGCCUGAGGUUAGUGGGGGGAAGCUGACCUCUCAGGUGGGAGAAGUGUGACCAGUGUGGAAGAUCUGAAGGGCCUUGGGGGCCAGGUAGCACCUGGCCCUUUCAUGAUACAGGGGUUGUAAGGACUGAAGAGGGGUCACCGGGUCAUCUGGAAGGAUUCUGCAUGGCCCCCUGGAGGCCACAGCUUAACCUCAUCCUGAAGUCACAAUUCAGAGGCUGCCUGUCACUGUAUGAAUGACUUUAGUCACUGCCCCCAAGGCCAGUGACUGGGUCUGUCCACCUCUGCUGCCUAGGACUGCACAGCCUGCAUGAACCAAGCUGGAGUGUCUUGUCCACCUAGGAGGGUUCUGCCCUAUCUCUUCAUCUGAGAGUCUCUGGAGUGCUAAGGACAUGGGCCCUGAGAAAGGUGUGACACCUUGGAGUGGCCUGCUGGUGCUGCCCUGGGGCUGGGCAGGAUACAUCUCUCCUUUGUCCUGCCCUCCCCGAGGCCUGCACGGUCCCCCCUGCACCUGGGGAAACUCUGCUGACCUGCAGACCAAAACCACAGCCACAGCUGAGCAUCCGAGGCAAUGCUGUGAUCUGACAACCUCGUCCCUCAGCCAGCAGCCUCGGAACUUCCUCCUUCCGCCUCCUACUCCUGGGACUUUUUGAUCUCUUUCUUCCCAGCUAACUUUAGUGGCAGGAAGGGCUUUCCAAGGCCAGGAAGCUGGUGUCCUCAUGGGGAUCGGCUGCCUUCCUCAGCAGCACCCUCAUCCCACCCGACCCGUGCUGUGAAAAUCGACCAGCUUAGGUCAGAGGCACAGGGGGGCUGCUGGCUGUGAAUCCGGGCUCGCCCAGGUACAAACCAAAGACCCUAAGCACCCUGAGGUGUGGGCGACACCCCCAUCUUCAUCUGUACCCAUAACUGGCUUCCUGGCCCAUCAGGGUGGGCUUGGAGACAGGCACCUCACUCUUCCCUAAGUUGAAGCUCUAAUGCUGUCUUCCAGGCCCCAGGAGUCCUUUUCUACUGACCAUCUUUAUACUUAUUUAUGUGAGGUCUAUGUUGGGGUCAGAUAGGGGCAUGCUGGGAACAGGAAGCAAGAGUGCCUGCCUUCCACCGUGACCACACCCCAAUAAACAGAGCAAAGUCAACUUUAUGGAGUUUUUGCUUUUGCAUCUGGGGUGUGUAGGCUCAAAGCUCAUCACCUGAGCACUAGUGCUGGGUGGGGUGACAGGAUAAUGACGGGUCUGGGGCAGAGAUGCAGGCUUGUGGCAGCUGCCUCCCUCAUCCUAGGCUACUGCUCUGGUCCCUGACUCUGUGCUGGACGGUGCAGAGGACAUGAAUGACCAACACCACUCCAAGUCCCUCCCUUAGCGCCUUCCAGGAUUGUGCACCAGACAUUGCCAGGGCUGGGCUAGGGGUCCAGGCGGGGGUG